AUGCCUUCCGAAAACGCCCAGUCCGUCAAGGUUCUGGACGAGCUCUUCCAAAAGCUCACCGUCUCCAAGGACGCGGCAGAGGUCAAGGAGUCAUCCAUUGAGCUCGCCAGCUUCAUCAACGGUCGCAUCGAGGACCAGGCCGUUCCUGCAAAGACUUUUGAGAGCUUCAAGAAGCAACUCGGCAACAAGAAGGAUGCCGUCGCCCGCGAGAGAGCUUGCACGGCCGUCGCCGCCAUUGCCUCGCACUCGGAAGUCUCGGCUUCCGUCGAGCCCUACCUCGUCGUCCUUCUCCCCAGCCUUUUGGCUGCUGUCGGCGACAAGAUCACGGCCGUCAAGAAUGCCGCCUCCGCCGCCGUCCUCGCCGUCGCCGGCGCUCUGAACGGCAAUGCCGUCAAGGCCGCCCUCCCCGCCAUCAUGGACUCUCUCCGCAACGCCCAGAAGUGGCCCGAGAAGAUGACGGCUCUCGACUUCAUUGACACCCUCAUCAAGACUGCCCCCGCCCAGCUGGCCUUCCGCGUCCCCGAGCUCAUCCCCGUCGUCUCCGAGUCCAUGUGGGACACCAAGAAGGAGGUCAAGGAACGCGCCUACAAGACCAUGGAGCAAAUCUGCCAGUUGAUCGUCAACAGGGAUAUCGAGCGCUUCAUCCCCGAGCUCAUCAAGUGUAUCGCAAAGCCCGAGAACGUCCCCGAGACGGUCCACUUGCUUGGUGCCACCACCUUCGUCACCGAGGUCCAGGAGCCCACUCUAGCCCUCAUGGUCCCCCUACUGGAUCGUGGUCUGGCCGAGCGCGAGACUGCCAUCAAGCGAAAAGCGGCCGUCAUUGUUGACAACAUGUGCAAGCUCGUCGACGACCCCAAUAUUGUCGCCCCUUUCCUGCCCAAGAUGAUGCCUGGCCUGCAAAAGAACUUUGACAACCUGGCUGAUCCCGAGGCUCGCGAGAAGACCAAGCAGGCCUUGGACACCCUCAGCCGCGUCGGCAACGUCAAGGACGGCAAGAUUCCCGAGGCCCGCAACGACGGUGACCUCAACGUCGUCCUUGGCAAGGUCAAGGAGGUCUUCACCGGCAAAUACGCCAACUACCUCGACAAGAUGGGCCCCGUCGCCGAGCACAUUGCCGCCAUUGCCGGCCAGCUCAUUGACGAGAAGGAGACCGAGUCCGCCGUUUGGGUUGAGAGCCUCAAGCCCUACGUUGCCGUCGUCACUGGUAUCGACAACGCCGAGUCCAUGGUCCAUAACCUGCGCAAGCGUGCCUCUCCAGGUGCCGCCGAGGCCGAGGAGGGCGAUGCCGACGACGAGGAGGGCGAGGAUCUCUGCAACUGCACCUUCUCCCUCGCCUACGGUGCCAAGAUUCUCCUCAAUCAGACUCAUCUGCGCCUCAAGCGCGGUCAGCGCUACGGUCUUUGCGGCCCCAACGGUUCCGGCAAGUCAACUCUAAUGCGCGCCAUCAACAACGAGCAAGUCGAGGGCUUCCCCAAGCAGAGCGAGGUCAAGACCGUCUUCGUCGAGCACGACCUCGACUCGGCCGACACCGAGAUGACCACCAUCGACUGGACCAUGAAGAAGCUGUCCGAGGCUGGUGUGACGACGACCCAGGCUGACGUCGAGAAGCAGCUGGUUGACUUUGGCUUCACCCCGAUCAUGAUCAGCGGCGAAAUCACCGCCUUGUCUGGUGGCUGGAAGAUGAAGCUUGCCCUGUGCCGUGCCGUCUUCGAGGCUCCCGACAUUCUGCUGCUCGACGAGCCCACCAACCAUUUGGACGUGAAGAACGUCAAGUGGCUGGAGGACUACCUCACCAACUCUCCCUGCACCUCCAUUAUCGUCUCUCACGACUCUAGCUUCCUCGACAACGUUUGCCAGCACAUUGUCCACUACGAGCGCUUCAAGCUCAAGCGCUACCGCGGCAACCUGGCCGAGUUCGUCAAGCGCGUGCCGUCUGCCAAGUCGUACUACGAGCUCGGCGCCUCCGAGAUGGAGUUCGCCUUCCCCGAGCCCGGUUUCCUCGAGGGCGUCAAGACCAAGGCCAAGGCCAUUCUGCGCGCCACCAGGAUGUCAUUCCAGUACCCCGGCACCUCGAAGCCUCAGAUCAUGGACAUUAGCUUCCAGUGCUCUCUCGGCUCUCGUAUUGCCGUCAUCGGUCCCAACGGUGCCGGCAAGUCGACCCUGAUCAACGUCUUGACGGGUGAGCUCAUCCCGACCCAGGGUGAGAUCUACCAGCACGAGAACAUCCGUAUCGCCUACAUCAAGCAGCACGCCUUUGCCCACAUCGACAACCACCUGGACAAGACGCCCUCAGAGUACAUCCAGUGGCGAUUUCAGACUGGUGAGGAUCGCGAGACCAUGGACCGAGCCAACAAGAUCAUCACCGAGGCCGACGAGAAGGCCAUGGACAAGAUCUUCAUGGUCGAAAACACGCAGCGCCGCGUCAUUGGCAUCAACUCGCGCAGAAAGUUCAAGAACAGCUACGAGUACGAGUGCUCGUUUGCGAUCGGCGAAAACGUGGGCAUGAAGAACGAGCGCUGGACGCCCAUGAUGACGGCGGACAACGCUUGGCUGCCCCGAAACGAGCUGCUGGCCUCUCACCAGAAGAUGGUUGCCGACGUGGACAUGAAGGAGGCCCUGGCCUCCGGCCAGUUCCGUCCCCUGGUCCGCAAGGAGAUUGAGGUGCACUGCGCCAACUUUGGCCUCGACGCCGAGCUCGUCUCCCACUCUCGCAUGCGCGGCCUGUCUGGUGGCCAGCGUGUCAAGACUGUGCUGGCUGCUUGCUCGUGGCAGCGCCCCCAUCUCAUCGUUCUCGACGAGCCCACCAACUACCUGGACCGCGACUCGCUCGGUGCCCUGUCCAAGGCCCUGAAGAAGUUCGAGGGCGGUGUCAUCAUCAUCACCCACUCGGCCGAGUUCACCAAGGACCUGACGGAAGAGGUCUGGGCCGUCAUGGACGGUCAGAUGACGCCUUCGGGCCACAACUGGGUCAGCGGUCAGGGCGCUGGUCCCCGCCUCAAGCAGGGUGACGAUGACGAAGAGGACAAGUUUGAUGCCAUGGGCAACAAGAUUGUCACGACCAAGAAGAAGGCGAAGCUGACGUCUUCCGAGGCGCGUAAGAAGAAGAAGGAGCGCAUGGCUCGCCGCAAGCGUGGUGAGGAGGUGUUCAGCGACGAGGACGAGUAA